GCAAAUGUCAAAAAUCGGUAAAUAACGUAAGAUUUCUCUGUACGAUACGUUCACAUGCCAAUUUUGUAUCUCAUCAAAGUAAUUAAAUAACCGACAUAUUCGUUUUUGUAAAUGGCAAUGGAAUUUGAAAUUUUAAUUUUGUUCAACGUAAUAGUGAUUGUCAUAAACACGCGAAACACAGCUCUAUUAUAAGUUUGUAAAAGGCAAAAACAACAACCGAUCCAUUGAAGGAAGUUGAAAGGUGUUCGGGAGAGGACUAAAAGGAAAACUAACUUCCUUCAACAUAAUUGAAAAGAGUUCACCUUGUUACUUCGCUUCAGAUAUAUUUCUCAAUGCUGAUUAUGCUAUUUUCGAAGGCCAGUAUAAAACAAAGCAUUAUAUUUGACAACCAGAAGACGGCAUUUAGAUAGUAUUAGUAGUAGUACCAAAUUUGUUAUACGCUAAUUCGUGGAUUAGUAGCUGUCAAGCAACCUGAUCGUGACCGUAUAAAAAACUUUACACCAGCAAUAACACUUUUAUAUGAGUAAUACUUAUGUACAUUAAUUUGCAGUGACGAAAGUGUAUAUAUAAUAAUUAAGUAGAAAUGAGUGCAUCAAUAAUUGCCAAUUUAUGUGUUUACAUCCUUACCUGGAAUGUAGGAACUCAUCAUCCACAUGAUAUUUCUAUGACUGAUGCUUUGUCGUUAAACGGUACAACAGCCUGCCCGGAACAAAAAUUACCUGAUAUUUACGUUGUGGCAUUACAAGAAGUCAGCACCCAUGCUAAAAAUCAAUUUCUUAAUAUUUUCAAUGAUGAUCCAUGGACAUUUAAGAUUAGUGAGCAUCUUUCCCCCCACGAUUUUAUUAAAGUUGGAACCGAGCAGCUGCAAGGAAUAUUAAUUAUGAUGUUCGCUCAACCCAAGCAUGAACCACAUAUGAAAGAUGUGGAGGUGCAGAGUACUCGUACUGGUUUAGGUGGUUUAUGGGGUAAUAAAGGCGCCGUAAGUAUACGCAUGAGUCUCUAUGGUACCGGUGUGACUUUUGUUGGUGCACAUUUAGCGGCACAUGAUGACAAACUGAGUGAACGUAUCGAAGACUACAAUCAAAUUGUGAAUAAUCAUCACUAUAAAACCCGAAAAUAUCAUAGCAUUUUUGAUCAUGACUACGUUUUUUGGUUUGGUGAUCUUAAUUUCCGUUUAACUGGCAGCGAUUCAGCAUGGGAUGUGCGCGCUUUGGUUGAGCAGGGUAAAUUUGAGGAGUUAUUAGAACGUGACCAAUUAUCAUUGGCACGCAGUACAGGCAAUGCAUUUGCUCUACUCUCUGAAGAACUACCCACUUUCGCACCUACUUUCAAGUUCAUUGAAGGAACUUCUGAAUACGAUUUAAAGCGACGUCCAGCAUGGUGUGAUCGUAUCUUACACCGUGUACAAGAAAAUCGUUAUCCCGAUAUAACCUUAAAUAUAACCCAAUUAUCGUAUAAAUCUCAUCCCAAUUAUACUCUCUCUGAUCACAAACCCGUAUCAGCUGAAUUUAUUUACAAAAUAGAGGCGCAGACUCAAACUGAUGAGGAGUUGUACGAAUUAACCCACGGUGGCAGCAGUACCGAAGCCCCUUUAGCUAGUGUAACUAUCUUAUUUGUUACCACUUUGUUGACAUUUUCGAUAUCGAAAAUGUUCGGCUCGCUCCAUUGUAUUAAUAACUAAACAAAAGCGUUUACAAAUAAGAAAUUAUAAGCAACAAGUCUAAUAAGAAGGAUCAAUUAAUUGACAGCGUGUUAAGUGCCAAAAUGCCCGGCAUAGCGGACAUACUCUAACGUAUUUUUUUUCAAUAUAUUUUUUUUAGUCUCAGAAUUGGUUGUGUUAAAACGUAAAAAGUUAGAAUUUCUUUGCAUAUUGCUUCGUAUUGUAUGCGUGAAUCUCAAUAUGAAGAUUUUGAAAUUAUUUUUAUUAAUAAUAUAUGUAUAUCGUGUUUUUAAUUUUGAAUUUUGCUUGUUUACGUAUAUUGAGGUUUAUAAUUUACAUUAAUUAAAUUAAAUGUUAACUUCGGUUGCGCCGAAGCUAUAAUACCCUUCACAAAUACAAAGGCCCCUUACAAGAACUUGAUUCCGAACGUUCAAUUUGUAUGGCAGCUAUAUGAUAUAGUGAUCUGAUCUGACCAAAUUCUGUGGAGUAUAAUUUGUUGCCUUAAGCAAUAACUCGUGCCUAAUUUCCUGAAGAUACCUUGUCAAAUGAAAAAAAUUUCCAUGCAAGCACUUUACUCCGAUCUUUCAGUUAAUAUGGCAGCUAUAUGCUAUAGUCAUCCGAUCUAUACAAUUUCUUCCUUAAAUAAUAAUACACGCCAAAUUUCAUGAAGAUACUUCGUCAAAUGAAAGAGUUUUCCAUACAAACACUUGAUUCCGUUUGUUCAGUUUAUAUGGCAGCUAUAGUUGUCCGAUAUCGGCCAUUCCGACAAAUGAGCAGCUUCUUUGUUAGAAAAGGACAGGUGCAAAAUUUCAGAUCGAUGUCUCAAAAACUGAGGGACUAGUUCGCGUAUAUACAGACGGACAGACGGACGGACAGACAGACGGACAUGGCUUAAUCAACUCAGCUCGUCACGGUGAUCAUUUAUAUAUAUACUUUAUAUGGUCUCCGACGUUUCCUUCUGGGUGUUACAAACUUCGUGGCAAAAUUAAUAUACCCUGUUCAGGGUAUAAAAAUACUAACGACUAAAGUUAUAUAUAAACGUAUGUAGAUUCAUAAAAAUUUAUGUAAACUCAGUUCGUUCUCGAAUAAAACUUUAUUUGUUUGCAGUAAUAAUACGUUUCUAAUAAGAAUAAUCUACAAAACAUGUUCCAUUAUUAUACAAUAUAACAUAAUUAUAUAUAAACAGUUAUAGUUAAAAGCUUUAAAUACAUACAUCAAUAAGAUAUAUAGUAUUUGUUAAAAUUCCGAAAAAUUUGCUCAGCUUACAAUAAACGUUAAGUAUAGUAAUACUGUAAUAUAUUAGAGAUUAAAAAUAUAAAAUUGCCUUUAUAUGGAAAAUGUUCACAUAUCAAAAGUCAGUGAAAUUUAUAUUCUCGAAACGUUCAUAGUAGUAGUGUAUAUACUCAUACAUUUUGCAAAUGUCAAAAGAAGUAUAGUAAAUUACAUAUAUAUAUAUAUAUCUAUAUUUUCAUAAAUAAAAGUAAAAAGACAACUAACCUAAA